AAUAUAGUAUUAACUUUUUAUUUAAAUAAAUUAAAACUGCUGAAUGUACCGUUAGCAGUUCAAAUUAUUUUAUUCUGUUCGUCUCAACUUUUUAUCAUUCCUUUUUAGUGAAAAAUCUUAACAAUGGCUGCUGUAGCAAAUAAACCAAAAUCUGAAAUGACUCCAGAAGAGUUAGCAAAACGUGAAGAAGAAGAAUUUACUACAGGCCCUAUGUCGGUGUUAACCCAAUCUGUGCGUAAUAAUACUCAAGUAUUGAUAAACUGUCGUAAUAAUAGAAAGCUUUUGGCAAGAAUCAAAGCAUUUGAUCGACAUUGUAACAUGGUAUUAGAAAAUGUAAGAGAGAUGUGGACUGAGUUACCUAAAACUGGCAAAGGCAAAAAAAAAGCUAAAGCAGUUAGUCGAGAUAAAUAUAUUUCUAAAAUGUUUCUUCGUGGUGAUUCAGUCAUUCUAGUUGUCAAAAAUCCUAAAGAAGCUGUUCGACAACAACCACCAGCCCCUUGAAAUGUAUUACCCCUUAUUGAAAAUUAGAUUUAAGAUAAUGUAAUUAUUGCAUUUAAAGUAUACACUCUACACCCAUUACUUGAGUUGAUAUUUAUUUCUUUUAAUUGAUUUCUUCCAAAAUACUAUGAGUGAUUUUUAAUAAAAUAUAUUUUUGUUUUUCAUUCA